AGGUGGCUCCACUCGAAGCUUGGUUCUGACCCGGCCGGACCCUGGCGAUGCUCUGAGGAGGCCCAGGCCGCCUCCCUUCCCUACAGGCUUGGUGACCCUGGCCAGGUGCUUACCUGCUCUGAAGAGGGACAUGAUGCCCAAGACCCUGGAGGGGCAGCUGACCAUGGAGAAAACGCCGAGCUACUUUGUCACCAACGAGGCCCCGAAGCGCAUCCACUCCAUGGCCAAGGACACAAAGCUCAUUGUGGUGGUGCGGGACCCGGUCACGCGGGCCAUCUCUGACUACACCCAGACGCUUUCCAAGAAGCCCGAGAUCUCCACGUUCGAGGUGCUGGCCUUCAAGAAUCGGACCCUGGGGCUGAUCGACGCCUCCUGGAGCGCCAUCCGCAUCGGCAUCUACGCACUGCACCUGGAGAGCUGGCUCCAGUUCUUCCCGCUCUCCCAGAUCCACUUCGUCAGUGGGGAGCGGCUCAUCACGGACCCCGCUGGGGAGAUGGCCAAGGUGCAGGACUUCCUGGGCCUCAGGAGGGUUGUGACAGAAAAGUACUUCCACUUCAACAAGACCAAGGGGUUCCCCUGCCUGAAGAAGCCGGAGGACAGCAGUGCCCCCCGGUGUCUCGGCAAGUCCAAGGGCCGAACGCAUCCCAAAAUUGACCGGGAUGUCAUCCAGAGGCUGCGGAAGUUUUACAAGCCGUUCAACAUCAUGUUUUAUCAAAUGACCGGGCAGGAUUUUCAGUGGGAGCAAGAAGAGGGUGACAAGUGAUGGUCAGGCAGGCAAGAAGAAGCUGUCUCCUACCCACAGAAUCUGCCUGAGGCGGGAAAGGGCCUGCUCGUCUGCCCUGGUGCACAGGACCAGGUGGUGCCGUCCCCACUGGAGGGAACUUGCUCGCAGACACAAGCGGGAGCUCCGAUUUCCCUUCUGCUCCUGAUGAAGGACAGUCAGCUUUCUCUUUCUGCCACACGCCCAGAACAGCAGGAUUCUGGGAGCAGAGGAUGCAUCCAAGGGCACUUCUGGGCUUCCUUCUCUCGCAUGGUGGAAGUGGACUGGUGUCCUGGCGCUUUGGCGGAGAGGAGGGACCAUGCGCGCAGCUGGGGGUAUGGCAUCCCCGCCGAUGUCCCGGGUUGCCCUCCAUGGGGCAGCUGCUGAGCGGGCAGCAGGGACAAGAGCCAUCCCGCACCUCCCGCACCCUGCACCACAUUUCCAGAGGUUUAUUUUUUAUAUGGGUCGAACUGGUGAGACAAGGAGGGAGGCUCCAAGAAGCCAAAGGAAGGGAAGGCUGGUCUGGGUUUCUGCAAAGAGGGGGCCGCCCUGUGGACAUGGACCCCGUCAGGAAAGCAGUCUCCGUGCGCCUCCCAAGCACAAAAGCCGUGCCUCUGCUCGCUCGCGGUGGCUCUUGCAACAGUGUGCGUGUCCCUUCCUCCCGCCUGGGCAGCCUGGGCAGCCCUCAGCACGAGGGGCCUGCAGGAGCCCCCUUGCUCGGGGGUGGCAAGGCAGCUGUGCUGUGCGAGGAGACCGCCCCUCUUCCGAGGAAGCCAUCCGCUCCAAAGGCAUUCAGUGGAAUUUUUUUUGUCUCUCUGUUUUAAACGUCAGCAUUCCCAGCGCACAGGAGAUUGAAUUUUAUAUUUGAUUUCAAUUAGCAAAGCAUAAAUAAUGUUUAAUUUUCUACUCGCAAAGACUGGAUGAUUCAUUGUCCAGGAAAGCUGGGGAUGUUAUAGUUCACAAACUGACAAAGGAGGAAUUCAUUGCUAAAUUGCUACACUGCUUCCCCUCUGUCCCUUCCACCCCUGUCUGCAUCAUCGCCUCUACCGGAAAGAUUCGGAAACGUGACGUGAAGCUCGACCAUGGACCAGACCCUCCCUGAACAAUAAAACCGUGCAACAGCA